AGAUUCGUGUGAGACAGAUCUGAACUAGACUGCUCCCUGGAUGGAGCUGGAGAGAGGGGGCUGAGAGGGACAUUACCUUUGCUCAGUCUGAACCACCGGGGAGAAUAAAUAGGUGGCAAUCGAACGAGGGAGCUGAAGCCCUUGCACCUGACAGUACAGGUGUGCAUCGGAGGCUAUUUAGGUCUCUGCAGCAGGAGCUCUGGUGUGAUACUCAUCUCUGCCUCCAGCUCAGUUCAAGCCAUGGGGGCUGCCCUGAUUCUCUGGACCCUGACUCUGCUCUCCAUCACAGCUCCAGUGGCUCCGGAGUCUCAUUAUUUGGUGGCCUUCCCAGCGGUCAUUCAGCACCCUGGCACCGAAAAGUUCUGUGUACUUCUACAGUCACUCUCUGAGACUGUCCACCUGGCAGUAACGUUGGAGAUGAAGACCCAGAAUCACCUGCUGAUGGCGAAGGAUGUGGAGAAACCACAGCACUUUGAAUGCAUUAGUUUCCAGGUACCACCCUUAAUUUCAGGAACAUGGAGCUCAGUGGAAGGAGAGGUGGCCCACGUGCACGUCGUCAUUCGCAAGGGUUUGAGCGUGAGCUUCGAGGGCCGGAAGAAGGUGCUGGUCAGGGCCCUUCUCGUCCAGAACCUCGUAGAGCUGGACAAGCCCUUUUACAAGCCCGGGGAGAUAGUAAGGUUUCGGAUCGUGAGGCUUGAUGACAACUUUAAGGCCCUUAAUGAAAAUUUCUUUUCAUCUUACUUCCAGGAUCCCAAGAAAAACCGGAUUGGCCAGUGGCUGAAUGUGGAGACCCAGCAAGGCAUUGCGGAUCUCUCCUUUCCCCUGGCCGCAGAAGCAGCCCUGGGAAGAUAUACCAUCACACUGGGAGGCGUCGAGCCUGUCUGGAGUAGGAAAAGUUUCGAAGUGGAGGAAUAUGUGCUGCCCAGGUUUGAAGUACUGAUCGAUGCCCCUGAACAAAUCACCACUUCAGAUGAAGAAAUCAGGAUCAAAGUGUCAGGCAGGUAUACGUACGGAAAGGCAGUUCGUGGGACUGUACGGCUGAUCUCAUCGAGGCACGUAUCCUAUUAUUUUUUGGAACGGCCACAUAAUGAAACAUUGGAACCGAUCAAGAAAGAGUACACUGCCAAGACAGACAACAGUGGUUGUGCCUUGGUUACUAUCAACGCAACUGACCUUAAUCUGACCCAAAGAGGCUAUGCUGAGUAUGUUGAACUUUUUGCAGAACUGGAGGAGGAAGGAACAGGAUCAACCAACUCAGAAAAAGUUAACAUGAGGAUCAUCACCAAAGCAAUAAGAUUGGUUUUCCAGAAGCUCAACGAAUUCUAUAAGCGUGGAUUUCCAUAUACUGGAAGGAUAAAAUGCACCCUAGGUAAUAUUCCUGCCCAGAACCAUACCAUCUAUAUUGCUGUUGAUGUCAACGAUGUGGAAACACACUUUCCGUACGUGACAGAUGAGAACGGGGAAGUUCAAUUCUCCUUCGACACGACAAACUGGAACGAUUCACUGGUUGGUCUCCGGGGCAAAUAUUUCGUUAUGAACAAAAGUGUCAGUGACCCUGAGGAACCGUUGGAUGCUUUUAUCUGGCUGAAGCCCUUCUACUCGGAGAGUAACAGCUUCCUCGAGAUCCAGCAGGUAGCGGAAGAGUUGCCCUGUGGAAAGGAGCAGGAAGUACUGGUGGACUAUAUAAUCGAUCGGAAAGAACUGGGCCCUGAGGCUGACCAUGUGGAUUUCUAUUACUUGGUUGUGUCCAAAGGAAAGAUAAUUUUGAGUGGGCAGAAACCGGUGCCAGUGGGCCACGAUGAGACCCUGAAGGGCACCUUUUCCCUCUCUCUGCCUGUGAGCAUAGAUCUGGCACCCACUGCCAGGCUUCUGCUGUAUGCCGUGUUCGCUGAUGGCGAGGUGGCAGCUGACAUGGACGUCUUCACCAUCGAGAAGUGUUUCCGCCAUCAGGUGAAGCUGGGCUUCUCUGCAGAAGAAGACACUCCAGGUUCAGAGAUCAAGCUGCAAGUGGAAGGUGCCCCUCGAGCCCUCUGCUCUCUCCGCGCCGUGGACAAGAGCAUCACCCUGAAGGGAGACGGAUUUUUGACACAAGAAGAAGUGUACCUUUUCGGUCUCCAUUACGAUGAUGAGUACUUGAUUGGCGCAAGAGGAUUUGACUACCACGUGGAAGACUUUGAGCCCUACCCUUGCCUACCUUUGCAGGGUUCCUGGCUCCAAGGUACCGUGAGAGGCCCCUGGUUCGAAAGCCAAGCUGAUGUCUACAGCUUGUUUAAGAAACUACGAAUGAAAGUUUUAACCAACACCAGAGUAAAAAAGCCUGUGUCCUGCUCACCACGACCUGGGAUAAGCCUCCUCAAGCUGAAUGGAGCCAUGGCUGAGACCCUUCAUGCACCCAUGGCUGGAGCCUUAUCCCCUGUUCAGGACAGCGCUGCAAAUGAGCCUCAGGUGUUAAAUUUGCCCGCCAAGGAGGAGAAGAAAGGCAAACCAAGGACACACUUCCCCGAGACCUGGAUUUGGGAUCUGGUUCCACUCAACGAGGAGGGGAAAGCAUCUCGCUCAGUCACCGCUCCGGACACCAUCACAGAGUGGAGAGCCGGGGCCUUCUGUGUGGCAGAUGGUGACUUCGGCCUUGCCCAACCGGCUGCCUUCCGGGUCUUCCAGCCCUUCUUUGUGGACCUGGUGCUGCCCUACUCUGUAGUCCGUGGGGAGACCUUUCAGCUCAAAGCCACGGUCUUCAAUUACCUGAAGGAGUGCAUCCAGGUGAACAUCCGGCUGGCAGAAUCGCAGCAAGUCGAGGUGAAGCCCUGCCUGACCUGCCCCUUCACCAUCUGCCUCUGCUCAGAGGAGGCUCAGACCUUCUCUUGGAAUGUGACAGCGACUCACCUGGGACACGUCAACCUCUCAGUAACCACUGAGGCUGAGGAGACGCAGGAGCUGUGUGGCAACAGAAUCUCCGUGACACCCCCCCGUGGCCGCUCCGACACUGUGAUCAAGCCCCUACUGGUCAAGCCAGAAGGCAUCCUCAAGGAAGAGACCCAUAAUGCAUUCCUCUGCUCUUCAGGGGAUGCUGUGGUGGAAGAAGUUUCUCUCAGAUUGCCUGAGAAUGUCGUGGAGGACUCUGGCCGAGCCGUCUUCUCUGUCAUUGGUGACGUUCUGGGCCCCUCGCUGCAGCAUUUGGACCAUCUGCUUGAGAUGCCCUUUGGCUGUGGGGAGCAGAACAUGGCCAAGUUUGUUCCCAAUAUCUUCAUUCUCCGUUACUUGGAGGCAACCAAUCAGGCGACUCCUGAGAUCAAAGCCAAAGCUGUGGAAUACAUGAGGAGCGGGUACCAGCGGCAACUGCUGUACAAACAUGAAGACGGGUCCUACAGCGCCUUUGGCACGGAGGACACAGAGGGCAAUACAUGGCUGACGGCUUUUGUGGCUCGUGGUUUUGGCCAGGCAAAGUCUUACAUCUACAUUGAUGAGAAGCAUAUUGAGGAUGCCAUUCACUGGCUGAAACAGCACCAGCAUCCCGAUGGUUGUUUCGAAAGCGUAGGAAGACUCUUCAACAACGCCCUGCAGGGCGGAGUGGACAGUGCGAUCUCACUGACAGCUUAUGUGGCUGCCACACUCCUGGAACUCCACCUGGACCAGAAUGGCACCAUGGUAGAAGAUGCCUUAGCCUGUCUUAAGAGGAACUUAAGUAUUGUGCAUGGUGGCUACCUCAGAGCCCUGUCUGCAUAUGCCUUCACAUUGGCUGGUGACAUCGAGACACGGCAGCAGCUCCUAAGAGAUGAACAAGCUGAUGGGAAUGAAGAAUCUGGAUCCUCCUCAAAGGCUGAGACAGUAGCAUACAGCCUUCUGGCUCUCCUCUCCAAACCAGAAGUGUCUGCGGAUGACAUUGCGGAAGCUUCUCAGGCUGCCCAAGCCCUUGUUUCCAAACAGAACCCAUAUGGGGGAUUUUCCUCCACACAGGACACAGUGGUUGCUUUACAGGCUUUAUCCCGGUACGCAGCCUUAACCUAUCGUGAGAUGGAAGGCGUCCAGGUGUUGGUGAAGUCCACCACGGGGUUUCAGCAUGAAUUCCACAUAAACAAGGGGAACCGGCUGGUGCUGCAGCAGGUGCCUCUCCCCGAGGUGCCCGGGCAAUACAAGACGGAAGUCUCAGGGAGUGGCUGUGCGUAUGCGCAGAGUACACUUCGCUAUAACCACCCACCUGAGAAGACCAACGCUUUUGCUUUGAGUGUGGAGACGUUCCCUCAAGAGUGCAGUCUGUUUUCCAGGAAACAUUUUGAUAUCCAUCUACAUGUGAGUUACACAGGGCAACGAGAAUCAAGCAACAUGGCCUUGGUAGAAGUGAACAUGGUCUCAGGAUUCAUCCCCGUGAAGAGCUCUGUGAGGAGGCUGAAAGGGAAACUUGGAGUAAAGAAGGUAGAAUUUGAACCUGACAAAAUCAGCCUCUACCUGGAUCAGCUGGAUGCCACUGUGCGGAGCUACGAUUUCUCUGUGGAGCAGGAUGUGGAAGUGACAGGCCUGAAGCCAGCGACAGUGAAGGUCUAUGAUUAUUACCACCCAGAGGACUAUGCUGUCGCUGAAUACAACGCACCCUGCAGCUCAGAAAGCACAAAAGAAGAGAACCACUGAACUCUUCUCUGUUUGUACUUGAAGUGCCUCCAGUGUGAAUAGUAACCCUUCUAAAUGAAAAAAAAG